UCAGCGACGCAUUUCGGGCCGGCUCGGCCCAUGACCCAUGAGUAGCCUGGUCCGCUUCCUCUUCACCCUCGCCGCGGCCAUCGCCGCAGCCUCGCUCCUCGUCGCCUCCCUCCGCCGCCGCGCGCCGCCUCCCGGGCUUCCCGCAAAGCUCAUCCCCUCCUCCCACAUGGCGGGACGCAACCGGAGCUUCGUACUGUGGCUGCACGGCCUCGGCGAUUCUGGCCCAGCCAACGAGCCCAUCCGCAACCUCUUCUCUGCCCCGGAGUUCCGGCUCGCCAAGUGGUCGUUCCCCUCCGCCCCCCGCGCCCCCGUCUCCUGCAACAAUGGUUUUGUCAUGCCGUCGUGGUUCGAUAUCCACGAGCUUCCCAUGAGCGCUGGGUCCCCGCAAGAUGAGGCUGGGGUUCUCAAGGCUGUGGAAAAGGUGCACGCCAUGAUAGACAGGGAAGUAGCCGAUGGCAUCCACCCUGAGAACAUAUUUGUUUGUGGAUUUAGCCAAGGAGGUGCUCUGACAUUAGCUAGCGUAUUACUUUAUCCGAAAAAGUUAGGUGGAGGAGCAGUGUUCAGCGGUUGGGUGCCUUUCGGUUCAUCAGUCACCGAGAAGAUUUCACCUGAAGCGAGGAAGACCCCAUUUCUUUGGUCACAUGGAAUGGCUGACAAAGUAGUAUUGUUUGAAGCUGGUCAAGCUGGUCCACCAUUUUUGCAAAGUGCGGGUGUUAACUGUGAAUUCAAGGCAUAUCCAGAUCUGGGCCAUUCCCUUUCCAAAGAAGAGCUACUUUAUCUCGAGUCAUGGAUCAAGAGUCGUCUAAAUGCCUCUCAAGAAAAGGACGGUUAACUGAUACCAUCAUGCUUUAUAAGUUGCAUUUAGUAUUUUUUAUAUGAGACACAGAUCAAUUUGGCUACUGAUAGAUGGACCGAUGGGACUUGGGAGUACUCAGUUACUGGUCUUGGAAUUUGUUGUGUUUGCAUUUGCAUUUGAGCGUUGUGUUAUAAAAUAGUAAAUAAAUAAUCCAUGUUCCUCUAAUUUACUGUAUCUGUUGUUACCAUCAAUCAGUGUCUCCCAUUAUCGUUA